AUGAAGAUCAGUCUCUGGGGACCCUUUCAAAGUCAGUGGUUCAGUCGAGGGCAUAGCGAGUCUGCCUCGACGAGCGUUACUAGUUUUUCACUUAUAGUGUCUAACAACACGUUCGUCACUGCACUUGCUUAUGCAACUGGUACUCAACCAUACUUAGUGGCAGUCGUCGAUGUCAAUAAUGACAACAGACCUGAUAUAGUUACCCCUAACUUUGGUGCAAGUACUGUCAGUGUUCUUCUUAAUAAUGGCAAUGGAAUCUUUUCUUCUCAAACUAUUUAUGCAACUGGCUCUCAACCAGCAUCAGUGGCAGUCGUCGAUGUCAAUAAUGACAACAAACCCGAUAUAGUCACCGCUAACUAUGGUGCAAGUACUGUCAGUGUUCUUCUUAAUAAUGGCAAUGGAACCUUUUCUUCUCAAACUACUUAUUCAACUGGCUAUCAACCAAAAUCAGUGGCAGUCGUCGAUGUCAAUAAUGACAACAAACCCGAUAUAGUCACUGCUAAUGGAGGUACAAGUACUGUCAGUGUUCUUCUUAAUAAUGGCAAUGGAACCUUUUAUGCUCAAACUAUUUAUGCAACUAACACUGGACCAGUAUCAGUGGCAGUCGUCGAUGUCAAUAAUGACAACAAACCCGAUAUAGUCACCGCUAACAAUGGUGCAAACAAUGUCAGUGUUCUUCUUAAUACAGGUACUGAGACCUUUUAUGCUCAAACUACUUAUGCAACUGGCACCCAACCAUACUCAGUGGCAGUCGUCGAUGUCAAUAAUGACAACAAACCCGAUAUAGUUACCGCUAACAAUGGUGCAAACAAUGUCAGUGUUCUUCUUAAUAAUGGCAAUGGAACCUUUUCUUCUCAAACUACUUACGCAACUGGCACUCAACCAUUCUCAGUGGCAGUCGUCGAUGUCAAUAAUGACAACAAACCCGAUAUAGUCACCGCUAAUGGAGGUACAAGUACUGUCAGUGUUCUUCUUAAUAAUGGCAAUGGAACCUUUUCUUCUCAAACAACUUAUGCAAUUGGCACUCAACCAUACUCAGUGGCAGUCGUCGAUGUCAAUAACGACAACAAAUCUGAUAUAGUCACCGCUAACUAUGGUGGAAACAAUGUCAGUGUUCUUCUUAAUAAUGGCAAUGGAACCUUUCCUUCUCAAACAACUUAUGCAACUGGUACUCAACCACGAUCGGUGGCAGUCGUCGAUGUCAAUAAUGACAACAAACCUGAUAUAGUCACCGCUAACUAUGGUGCAAGUACUGUCAGUGUUCUUCUUAAUAAUGGCAAUGGAACCUUUCGUUCUCAAACUACUUACGCAACUGGCUAUCAACCAUACUCAGUGGCAGUCGUCGAUGUCAAUAAUGACAACAAACCCGAUAUAGUCACCGCUAACUAUGGUGCAAGUACUGUCAGUGUUCUUUUUAAUAGAGGUACUGAGACCUUUUAUGCUCAAACUACUUAUGCAACUGGCACUCUACCAUGCUCAGUGGCAGUCGUCGAUGUCAAUAAUGACAACAAACCCGAUAUAGUUACCGCUAACUUUGAUACAAACGGUGUCGGCGUUAGCGUACACUGCUAA